AUGGCCUUAAUUCCGUCGUCACGGCCCCGUAAUUUUCGCAACCGCUCGGUCCUCCCCGCCUUCCCCGCUCAUCCCCCUCCCGCCUGCUCUCCGCACACCCCCCGCUCACGCUUUCUGCUGGGAUCCCUGCACCCACGCUCCAUUGCUUGUCAGGAGCUCAUGCCGCCCGUCUCGUCUCUUGCCCCUUCUUUCCCUCUCGGGGCCUCCUUCUCUCGCUCUACAUAUAACGGACCUUUUCUUUCUCCCUGCAUUCACUUCACAUUUUCCAAUCUCCCACGCCUCCCCAACUCUCCUUGCACUAUGGCUGAGCAGAUCUACAACUCCGACCAGACGAUGUCCGCUGCCGAAGAGGAAGCACUCGUUGCCUCCGGGGAAGACCUUGCUGUGGACGAUUUGCCCGAAGGCAUGUUCCACCACCUCGCAGACCCUGCUGACCUCCCUGCUGCGAAGAAACCGUGUAUGGUUCCUGAUGCCAGUCCCGCUCCCAAUCCUUCCCCCUCCACCUCCUCCGGUUCGGCCCCGGCGCUCUCUGCACUCUCCCCCGCGCCCCUCACUGUCGCUGCUCUCACUGCGCCCUCGUUAGGCCUGGCACCGUCGCUGGCCGCAACUGCAGCACCUCCCAACGGCCAGCCAACCCGCGCAACCGCCUAUGCGUUCGUUGCCUCAGGUUCCAACCUGGCCCCCACGCUGCCCGCCUCGCUUUUCGCCUCACCCACCCCGGGCGGCGCCCCCCGCAAUCUGCGGCGCGCGCGCACGAAUGCUGCUGCCCCGAUGCUUUUCCCCCUGCGCCGCCGCGCGGUGAUCAAUGUUCUCCUCCCGGAAGCCGGGCUGGAGCCUCACCGCUCUGAAAUUUUCGCUGGCAUCAACGCGCAGCUGUGUGGCUUCAUGUUCUCUUCUGGCAUUAUCCCUUCCUUCGAGCAGACCGUAGGAGAUCCCUACCGCGUGGCCCGCCGUGUGUAUGGCCGCCUGCUCUUCUCAUGGCCGUCACAGGAAGAUGCGGCGGCCUUCCGCAAACUCUUUCCCCUCACCCUCAAAGUCUCCAACUCCCGCCCCCUGCUGCUCAAGGUGUUUGAGGACAGGUUUGCAGCCUUCACUGCUGCCAAGGCUGCCGGCGCACCCACCCUGUCCAUUCGCAACGUCCCUCUGGAUUUCGAUCCAGAGGACAUCCGCUCCUAUCUCCUCGGCUCCACCGAUUCUGACGGCGCGCACUGGCUGGCGGAUUUGGCGGACUUCCACCGUGUUUCGGACCCCUACGAGGACACAUACUUCACGCACCUCGCAGGGCUCCCAAUCGCUACCCCCGACGACCCGAACUUCGAACGCAUUCCAUCCGAAAUCCCGCUGGAAGAGAACAAGCCUCCCAUGGUGCUCAACUUCUCCAGCCACGUGUGCGCUUUGUGCGCCAACAACCACCGCGCGUCUGACCACGAGGCUUUCGCAGCCCGCCGCCGGCAGCGCCUCACGAACCGGAAUGUGAUCUCGGUCGCGCAGCUGCAAAAGGCAAACGGUACGCUCCUCGAGAAUCUCUCCCAGCGAUGCUACCUCACUUUUUCCUUACCUUACUGCUCUGGCCCCCUCGUGCCCCCCUUUCUGCUCCUCAUUUUGGCAUCUCCUCCCCUCUGUUACAUUACCCCUUUGCUCUUCCAGAGUUACAGUUCUCACUCACCCUGCUCUGUCCCAUUGCUGCCUCAUCCCCCUCUGCCCUCCCAGCUAGGCCACCUCACCUUCUCCCUACCUCUCCGCUCUGGUCCCCUCGUGCUCCCCAUUCUGCUCUCCAUUCCGACAUCUCCCCCCCCUUGCUACACUACCCCCUUGCUCUUCCAGAGCUACAGUUUUCACUCCCCCUGCUCUGUCCCAUUGUUGCCUCAUCCCCCCCCGCCGUCCCAGCUAUGCCACCUCACCUUGUUCUUACCUUUCCGAUCUGGUCCCCUCGUGCUCCCCUUUCUGUUCUUCAUUUCGGCAUCUCCCCCACCUCUUGCAUUACCCCCCCGCUCUUCCAGAGCUUCAGGUUUCACUCACCCUACUCUAUCCCAUCGCUACCUCAUCCCCCUCCGCCCUCCCAGCUAUGCCACCUCACCUUCUCCCUACCUCUCCGCUCUGCUACGCCAUCUCACCUUCUCCUUGCCUCAUCGCUCUGGCCCCCUCGCGCUCCCUUUUCUGCUCUCCACUUCGAUAUACCUCCCCCCCCUGUUACACUACCUCCCCGCUCUCCCAGAGUCACAGCCCUCACUCACCCUGCUCUGUCCCAGUGCUGCCCCAUCCCCGUCCGCCCUCCCAGCUAUGUCACCUCACCUCCUCCGUGCCUCUCCGCUCUGGUCCCCUCGUGCUCCCCUUUCUGAUCUACACUUCGGCAUCUCCCCUCCCCCGUUACACUACCUCCCGGAUCUUCCAGAGCUACAGCUCUCACCUCACCCUUCUCUCCCCCCACUCUCGCCCCUCCCUGCCAACAGCCCCCCCCGGGAACCCUCCUCUGUCUGCUCCCUCUCCCCCCGACUGCACUCUCCUCACCCCCCUCCCCCACAGCCCUCAGCUUUCCCCGCCCCCCUUGCAGUGGAUUCGCACGAUCGCCCGUGCGGUGGCCUUCACGUCAUUGCCAUGUUAACACACCUCCGCAUCCUAUGCAUCAAUGUGAACGGAAUCAACGAGACUCGCAAAAUGGAUGAGCUUAAAUCCUGGCUCUCGCGCCUCCCGGCCCCCACUGACCUGGUCAUCCUCAUUGACACCCGUCUCAUCCUCCGAAUCCCCAAUCUUGUACUUAAAUUCCGACCUCUCGCAUCUACUCACGCCCCGGCGCUGCUCUCAACUGACAGCGCUCGCGGGAGGCCCACCCUCAUCGGAGGCAUCUCCAUCCUCUCCUUCAACAGGGCCAUCUCACUUUCCUCCCCGCUUCCCUCUGCUGAUGGCAGACUUCUCUCUGUACAUCUCAACUAUCUCCGUGUGCAAAUCCGCCUCAUAGCCAUAUAUGCGCCCACACAAUUCUAUGAGCGUCGAUUAUGGUGGACCACCACGCUUGUCCCGGCGCUGGAAACUCCCACCGCUGCCUCCGCAUCCAUGCUCGCCGGAGACUUCAACUCGGUCAUCCUUCCCAACGACAGAAACCGCCCCCCUAAAGAUUACGAAUGUCGAGAAGGAGCUUCCUUCGCCAAACUCAUGGAUACUCACUCGCUAGUCGACACAUUCCGUGCACUCCACCCCACGCCUAACGACGUUUUCUCCUUCUUUGGCAGGCAACGCCACAACACAGUGACCCCGCCCACUUCCUCUCGUCUCGACAGAACUUACAUCUCCCGAACCUUCCUCCCCCGGCUCGUUGCUAGCCCGUACCUCCAAACCCGCAGGACUAUCACGGAUCACUUGUAUGCCCCCCUCUGCUCGCUCUGUUUCACCAACCCCACAGUAGCCCCCCGUCCCUGGCGACUACGCCAACAUCUACUCACUCGCCCCCACGCUGCACAAAUAAUUGAUGCCGCCCUAGUAGCCUUCCCCUCCUCCCCUUCCCCAGAUUCCUGGGACAAUUGGAAGCUUGACCUCACCCUUAACUUUAAAAGAUUUUCCAACCAGGAAAAGCGUCGUGUCGACGGCACGACUGCACAUCUGGAACACACCAUUGGCUCAUUACAACUGCAAGCAGCGUAUACCCCUUUGAAUCAGGACGAAUCUUCCCGCCUACACCAAGCUCGGCUUCACCUGGCCAGGUAUGAAGCCUCGAAAGCCUCCGAGAUCGCGCUCAAGGCUAAAUUUAAAGUAGAGGGGCACAGAGAAAUGGGAGUCUCCUCCCUCCUCUCCGGACUCAACUCCCGGAUCAAAGGCUCGAUCAUCAACUCCUUGACCCUACCCAACGGACAGACAACCUCGGACCUCUCCACCAUGACCAACAUGUGCUCUAACUUCUUCCUGACCCUUUAUAGCGGGAGCAACCCUGUCACCCGCAACCCAUCCUUCUGGCAACAUAUCCCCCCCUCCUCUAUCCCGAACCCCCUACUCAUCCGCCUCAGUACCCCCUUUUCCCUAGCUGAAAUCAGAAAGGCUCUUCUCUCUCUUUCACGAGGAAAAACCCCUGGCCCAGACGGUCUCCCCGGGGAGCUCUUCCGACAAUACUCCCCACGCUUCGCACCGGCCUUUCACUCCCUGCUCUCACCACCACAGCCACUCUCCCGCCUCCCUCCGUCCAUGCUGACCGGACGAACCGUCCUUAUCCCUAAAAGGGGGGACUCCUCGCUAGUGGAAAACCUCCGACCCAUCACCCUCAUAAACGCUGACUACAAGGUCCUCGCGCUAUGCCUUGCUAACCGCCUCCAGCUCGUUCUCCCCCAACUCAUCCACCCAUCUCAAACCGCUUUCAUCAAGCACAGGAAAAUCGGAGACACGAUCAAUGAUACCCUUGACAUCAUGGACUGGGCGGCCUUCUCCUCAUCCCCCCUUCUUGCUCUUACGGUGGACUUUCGCAAGGCUUAUGACCUCGUCGACAGAUCUUUCCUCCUCCAGGCCUUAUAUGUCCUGGGGCUCCCCACACCCUUUAUCCACUGGGUCCGUCUAAUGCACUCCGAAACAUACACACGCGUCUCAGUUAACAACAUGCUCGGCCCCACCUUCCCCGUCCGGACUGGUGUCCGACAGGGCUUCCCACUGGCCCCCUUGCUUUUCGUCUGCGUCAUCGAGAUCUUCCACCGCUACAUGUCCCUCUCCCUUCCCGGUUUCGCCUUGUCCUCCACUCAGCGCCGCCUCAUGGCGUGCUACGCGGACGAUGUCACCCCUUUUCUUACCUCGGAUGCAGAGCUCAGACAAGUUGUAGUGAUGCUCGGCGUUUUUGGAUCGGUCUCUAGUGAGGUCCCCAACUGGAACAUGUCAGAUUAUAUUUAG